UUUUCAAAUGCUAUUAAAUAUGUAUUACAGUAUUACUUUUCCUUGACAGGCAUGUGAAGGAUCUCAUAAUUCUAACAUCAGCAGUGGUCAUAUUUUCUACCUAUUCAACCUAUUUUUGGCUGCUAUGGUUGUUGGCACCAAUUCGUGGCUUCCAAAUGGCAUGGACCAAUUUCAUUGGCCCUUGGAUCUUCCAAGAGGCUCCUGAAGAGUCCAAGGAAGAAAUGCUUGACAAGAAGCAACAGAAAUUGAGGAGGAGAAUGAAGUAUCGUGCUUAGUGACACAUAAAGUAGUUCUCAGUUUAUUUUGUUAUUAAUAUUAAAAGGAGAUUUUUCAUGUAUUUCAUUUUAAUAAAAAUAUUUUGUUUUAUAGUAUUUAUUUGUAAAUUUAUCUUCCUUAUUAAGAGAGUGGUGGGACUUUUAUACAGUAGUUAGACUUAUAGCCAAGUAGUAUUUAGUGCCAAGUCUACAAAAGUGUACAGCUCUUUGUUGGAUUGCUCUGUAUAUUGCUCAAAAAAGCCUGUCAUGUUUCAGGCUCUUCGGGUACAAUUAGUCUGUCACAACUUAGGCUUUUUAGAGUACAAGUGUAGUAGUGUAGCGGUAAUCCAAGGAGAGAUUGUGUAAGGAUUAGCAGUAUUUUUUAUCCUUUUUGUAGUGCUGUGGAUUUUGUGACCAGCACUGUGUGCAGUCAAGUCACAGGUAUCCUCCGUUGAAAGUUUCAGGAGUGCAAUAUUAAGGACUUUGCCAGUUCAGUAAGAUCAUUUUGGCUAUUUUGGACAUUUUUGUUUAUGCUUUAUAUAAGGUAGAACAUGUGAUAGUAAAUGACUGAUUAUAUAUUGGCCAGAGCUUGUGAAUAUCCAAUAAUUAGCUGUUACCCUUUCAUACUCUUAUGCUCUUUGGAUUAUCAAAGUACUAAUAUUGGGGGGAGUAAAUAUAUGCAGUAUGCCUUUCAUGUGUAGAAAAAUUUGGUUUUUUGUAGAAGUCUUAGUUACAAGUUAUUGAUAUACUAUUGUAAAUGCUCAGUAGAAAAGUUUGUUUGGCAUGGUCUGAUUAUUUUUGGAUCAAUAUAUCUUUUUCAGUAAUACAGUAAUGAAUCUGAAAUUUUUGUCCAAGGGGAGAGAGAGCAUACUGUUCUUGGUGACUGUGCUUUCAAAUGAUUUGCAAACUCCUAAAGAGUAGCAUAUUUUAAUAUAAUUUCAUAGUUGAAUUAAUAUAUUUUGCUUAUAAUAAUGCUUAUUGUUACAUGCACAGGUUAUGUGCUGUAUGUUUUGUUUAAGGCAUCACAACAAAUUUACCAUUAACAUGUUGAUCAUGUUAGUUAUUUGUUUUUAUACAUGCAACUUACCCGGCAGAUAUAUACUUAGCUAUAGACUCCGUCGUCCCGACAGAAUUCAAAACUCGCGGCACACGCUACAGGUAGGUCAGGUGAUCUACCAUUCCCGCCGCUGGGUGGCGGAAUCCCGACCAUUCCCGUUUUCUGAGCCAGAUUUUCUCUGUCGCUGAGGCCGGCAACAACUGUUGUUUGGUCUCUCCUGAUUGGAAUUCUGCUCAUUUGCCGAGAAUUGGUUGGACUCAUUUGGUGAAGUACUCUUGUUUAUUCUCGGGAUUGGCAUACGCUUAUUUUGGACUGGAUUAGGACUUGGAUUUGGUUUUGUCUAUUAAGAUGGCUGAAGUUAAAGUAACACCUAAGUUUAGGGUUUGUGCAAGGGAAGAAUGCAGAACUAGGUUGUUUAAAGCAGAGGUAGAUCCUCAUACACUUUGUAGUAAAUGUAGAGGUUCUGAAUGUGCGUUUGAUAGAACUUGUGCUGAAUGUGAAGGGCUUACGGAGCAAGGAUGGAAGGAUUUAGCUUCUUAUAUUAAGAAAAGAGAGAAGGAUAGAGCUAGGAAAGCGUCAGCUAGAAGCUCGAGUAGAUCUUGUUCUUUUGAGCCUGAAUUAGAAACUAACAAGCUAGAUGAUGUUUCUCCCAUAACCUCGGCCCCUUCUCCCUGUGUUGAAUCUAAGGAUUCAUUUUCAGAAAUGGAAAAAAUGAGAUCCUCGAUCAGGGAGCUUCAGGAGCAGCUUAAAGCUAUGGAAACACAAGGUAAGAGUGUCAGUGAAUACAGUGACCCCAGUGCAGUGGAGGGGGCGUCUGAUUGGCUCCGCAUUGCUCCUAGGCCUAGACCGCUUCCAAACUCCCAGGACCAGGGGAGGAGGAAUGUCAAAAGCCGCAGGGAGGAUGUGGAGCAUCCCCAACGAUCAGGCGUCCCUUCGGCAGAUCCUGAAGUAACGACCCAGGCUGCCUUGGAUAGCUGUAGAAAAGGCAUCCUGGAAGAGAGUUUUUCUGCGUCGGACUCCUCCUCGUCCAGGCGUGGAUGGAGCUCUGCUUCGAAGUCUCGUCCUCUGAAGAGAUCGUGGGUAGCGCCGAAAGGAGACGCAUUUGAUUCAAGCCCAGAGCGAUUUCCAGAGGAUUUUCCUUCGACUAGUAAGAAGGCGAGAAGACCGUCUCCAGCGCCUCAAGAUCCGACUAAGCUUUUCCUGCUUAAUCUACAGGAGCAAAUAUCCUCCUUGGUAGGCGCUCUACAUAAGGAUUUGUCUCGAAGAAAAGACUCCUCCCUUCCAGUGAAGAGAUCGAAGUUUUCUUCUCCUGGUAGGAGAGAAGUUUCUCACUCUAGCAGGCGCUCGUCACCGGAGAGACACUCUCGUUCUCCCUUUAAACGAUCCUCUCCUAUCUAUAGGAAGAAAGUUCCCAGCGGUAGCCGCUCGCAGAGCAAGCGAUCAGCUACGUCUCUUAGGAGAAGUCAGGAGUCGGACUCCUCUUCUGAGGAUCAGGAUAGGCGUCAAGAGCCAAAGAAGCAGGAGCUUUUUAGACACAUAGAGUUGACAGAGCCUAGUAGGCGCCAAGAAUAUCACAGGCGUAUAGAGCCUAACAGACGCCAGGAGUCUUGUGAGAGGCGUCAAGAGCCUACCAGGAGUCACGACAAGCGCCAGGAGUCAAGCAGGCGCCAGGAAUCAAGCAGGCUUCAGGAGUUCGAGCAGGCGUGGAUUACAUCCAGUGUAAACAUGUUAGAUGGGUUUAUAGAGGUACGCAAUGUUUUGUAA